GAAAAAUUGGCUGAAUUCACAUGCAGGCAGGCACGUCUCACGUCUACCCAUCCACGGACUCUCACGCAAACACGGUCCACACAUGGCUGGCUGGUCGGCCUGUCUGCGCAUCGAAUGUGCCAAUCGGUCUGUCUCUGUCUGUCUGUCUGUGUACUGUUGAUUUAUUUCUUUUUCUCUCCCAGUAUCUUGAGGAGCUGAAUGAACAGGUUGACGACGUCCAGGUAGAUAGCCAAGGCGGCGAAGGCGUAGUCGUCAACACCAAACUGAUAUCUGCGGUGCUUCCCACCCAGGAUCAUCUGCACACACACACACACCCCACCAACACACAUCAACCGCCAUACACACACCCACAGCCACCCACACGCUUGCCUGUGUGUCGAGGAUGAUGUAGCACGAGAAGAUGAAGGCGCCCACGUAAGAGUACAACACGUGCAAUAUCGGCACCUGUCAAUAAAGAACGACAGACAGACACAUCAAGGCAAUUGAUGUCUCAGGAGGGUUGGUGGUGUUGUAUGUGGCUGCGUGUGGUGUGGUUUGUUACGGUUGGCAGGAGUAGCAGAAUGAUGCCGAAUACGACAAGUGAGACGCCAGCCGUAAAGAGGUACGGCACAUAACCUGCACACACGUCGGUCGCUUGACACAGAAAGAGUUACGCCCAUAUAGCUGCCCACCCACCUGUGAAGUCCGUCUCGGUGAAUACGGCCAGGGCGGUCAGCGCCGCCACGAUGGCACACGUCAUGGCCACCGCAAUCAGCACCGAAUCUGGUGACUCACCCGCCACACACGUGUCUGCACACACCCCUCCCCGCCACCCCCGGCUCACUCACCGAUAGAGUAUGCGGAGCAGAUGAGGCCGACGAGCGUCCCCUCAAUGACCGUCAACCUGCACACGUGCAGUGCCCCAUGCAGGAAAGAAGCCGCUCUAGGUGUGUGUGGCGUACCCGGAAAGAGCGAGGUAGUUCCAGGGGAAGACACGCAUCAACGAGGGGUCACUGGACACAGACCAGGAGAAACAUACAUGCCGCUCGGCUGUGGGGUGUGUGUGGAUGUGUGGAUGUGCGGUAGGUGGGCACCCUGCGUAGCAGACGGAAACUGCGAUGCUGGCGAGGCACAGCACAAACACCACCCAAUGGUUGGCAGCCACCGCACCUGACAGACAGUGAACGCAUGCAUCCAUCACAAUCACACACGUGUCCAUCCAUCCAUCCAUCCAUCCAUCCAUUGCCCUCACUCUGCACUGCCUUCGACAGCACAAAGGGCAUGGCCACCGCAACCGUCACCAGCAGCUGCACAGCGAAGAUGCUGACACACCGUGCAAACAAAGGCAAACAGAUCCUUGUCAGCCCUCCCCUCGCCAGUCGGCCAGAUCUCCCAUUCCUCCCUUUUGCCUGCGUACCCGUACACCUUCUUGACGAAGUCCUUGCGGAUCUGAAUGGUCGCGCUCUUGAGCAGGGGCGACUCGAGCGAGGAGGGCGAGGUGUCCCCCGUGGGCGGUUGGAACCACACGAACGGGCCGCCGUCCGCAGGAGGAGAGCUGGGCAUCUGAUUCUCGAUGUCAGCCAUCGUCAGAACCUUUUCGCAGCCGUCAGAAACGCGCUCAGGGUCAAGCCCUUUGUUUCUGGUUUUCAAGC